CUCUAGCUGUCUCUUUACGGCUUCCGUAGUUGUAUUGGUAGUGGUUCCUAAACGUGUGAUGGAUAGUUGCGGUCUUAUCAAAAAUGCCAAAUAAUUAUUUAAAAGGGAAAUACGUUUAUAUUUAUUUUUUGAAUGGACAUUUACAUUUAUAGAAACCCUUACUCAUUUCCCGACAGCAUCCUGCUUUUUCUCUCUGGCGGCGAUGCGUGUUAAGGCAAACUUUCAAGGUGACGUUAGCUACUUAAAACUGUAGUGCAUUUUUGUUGAACGGCAUAAUGUUGGCAGCGUUGUCGAGAGUUAAAAUCUCUCGCUUGCCUUCCUCUGAAAUAUUUGUAAGAUAUAUUUUUGAACAAGAGGUCGAAAGGGGCCAGCUGCGGUUACUCGCACUCAGUUCUGCGACCUGGAGACGGAAAGUCGGUGGUGUCAGAGAUGCCAGCACCUCAAGUACACUUUACGCCAAAGUCCGAGGAAACGCAAAGAAGAAGGAGAUGUCUGAAAAAAAACUGACCCGUCACUUUGUAGACCACCGCCGUGUGAAGCUGGUGGCUGGUUCGGGUGGUAAAGGGGUGUGCAGCUUUCUCAGUGAGCCCAGGAAAGAGUGGGGUGGACCGGAUGGAGGAAAUGGAGGUGAUGGAGGAAGUAUCAUUAUCAAGGCUGACCGGUUUGUCAAAUCGUUAGCACAAUUAGUUCCAGUUUACAAGGGAGAGGAUGGGGAAUCAGGGGGCAGCAAGAACUGUUAUGGUCGGAACGGCAGCCCAACCUACAUUCGUGUACCAUUAGGAACUGUAGUGAAGGAGCAGGGCAAAAUCAUAGUGGACAUGACUGAGCAUGGUCAGGAGUAUCUGGCUGCAUUUGGAGGGUCUGGAGGGAAGGGGAAUCGAUUCUUUCUGUCAAAUGAAAAUCGAUCCCCAAUGACAGCAACCCCUGGAAUGACAGGCCAGGAGCGGGUCCUUCAAUUGGAGCUACGCACCAUGGCCCAUGCCGGACUGGUUGGCUUUCCAAAUGCUGGGAAAUCAUCACUGUUGAGAGCCAUCACCAAUGCAAGACCUGCUGUGGCUGCCUACCCUUUUACAACUCUCAAUCCUCAUGUAGGCAUUGUCAAGUACAGGGAUCAUGAGCAAGUUGCAGUUGCUGACAUCCCAGGCAUCAUUCGAGGAGCCCAUCUAAAUCGAGGAUUGGGAAUCUCCUUCUUGCGCCACAUAGAGCGCUGUCGUUUCCUUCUCUUUGUUCUGGACUUGUCGGCUCCAGAGCCCUGGACCCAGCUCCAACAUCUGCGUUAUGAACUGGACCAGUAUGAACUUGGUCUGUCCCAGCGGCCUCAAGCUAUCAUAGCCAACAAAAUGGACCUACCUGAGGCCCAGGAAAAGCUAGAAACACUUAAGAGCCACAUUUCCCAGAGGGUCAUCCCUGUGUCAGCACUCACAGGACAAAACACAGAGGAGCUCAUACUCUAUCUGAGAGAGUUGUACGAUGGCUACCUCCAAGAAGGAGAUAGUGGGGAAGGGAAACCCACUAGGUGGUAGGAAAAACUAUGCUUGCUUAACAGAAAAUGUGACAAAUAUUUAUACUGGACAAUGUAGAAUGUAUUUCAAUUUCUCAAUAAACAAAUUAAACACAA